AUGGAAGUAUAUAAAGAACGGGUAUCUACGUCCGCAAAAGGGGAUGCUACGGCGAAGUACUUAUUGCAGUAUAUCUUAUCAGCAAGAGGUAUUUGCCAUGAAAAUUCAUUGAUCCUAGCCCUAAUGAGACUGGAAACUGAUGCUUCGACGUUUGACGCGCAAUGGUCGAUCCAGCAGUGGAUAGACAAGCUGAAUGAUCACAUCAAUGCCAUAAAUGUAAGACUAAACCUUCUGGGCUAUAAGAUCGUUCGAAUUAACCAUGGGAUUGGUAGAAAUGCAGUGACUAUGAAAAACAGGAAGAAUUUUGGGCUCUUCGAAAAUAAUGCAGCUGCUCGAGCCCAUGGUGGUAGUGCACCGGAUUCGCAAGUGACGGUACUGCCAGAGAGUAACCGAUUUUUUGUCUAUGUUAACUUGGCGUCCACGGAGGAGACCAAGUUAGCCACUCGGUUUAAUCAAAAUGAGAUCGAGUUUAUUAAGUGGGCCAUUGAGCAAUUCAUGGUUAAUGGGGAGACUAUAAUCAAGGGUCCGGCACUGGAGACCUCAGUCGUCGUGAAGGAGAUCAACUGUAUUCUCAUGGCAGCCACGGGGAACUCCAAUCUGCCGAAAUGGGUUAAAUCCUGUACUUUCACUGUGGGGUCCACGGAUCUCUUACAGUUUCAAGAGUUGACGGCAAUGGAGAUUGAAGAUUUGUUGCUCCGAUUGUGUGAACUGAAAUGGUUUUACAGAACUAGGGAGGGGAAGCUCGGCAUUGAUCUUCGCUGCAUUGCAGAACUAGAAGAAUACUUGACAUCUACUUAUAAUUUAAACACUUGUCAAAAUUGCCAUAAAUUGGUCCUUCAAGGCGUUAGAUGCGGCCACGAAUCGUGCCGAAAUGAAAAUAACGAAGACGGAGAGAACGGCCUACCCCAAAUUUGGCACGUUGAUUGCUUCAAGCAUUAUAUAACACAUGUAAGUAAAAACUGUGAUCGUUGUGGUUCGUUACUAAUCACAGAUGGUGUAUACGUUCUUUAA